AAAUAAGCAAGAAUGGAUAACGUACAAGAUAAAUCAUUACCUCGAACAUACAAUGGUAUCACUUAUACGCUUGACGAACCUCGAUUUAAAGGCUUAUCAAAAAAUGCUAUCAAACGACUUUUAAAAGAUCAACUGUGGGAAUUACAACGAGAAGCAAGAACAAAGAAACAACGUGCAAAGUCAAAACAAAAAUCUCAAGAAAAAAGACAACUAAUCGAACAAGGUGUUUUACCUCCUCCACCUAAACGAACAAAGACAAGUGAUAUGGUUUUAGGUAAUCGCAAAAUUGUAUUUGACUGUUCCUUCUCCUCAUACAUGACACGAAAGGAAAUCGACUCUAUGCAAGCACAACUCGUUCGUUGUUAUAGUGCCAAUCGAUUAGCUAAGGAAGCAAUGCAUAUGACCAUCUCUGGAUACGAUGAGCCUCUCAAAGAAGUGUUUGAAAAGAAGACAAAUUCUUAUAACAAUUGGCUUAAUGUGGAUUUUGAUACCGAACCUUAUGAAAAUCGAUUUGACAAAGAGAAACUGGUGUAUCUAUCUGCCGAUUCAGAUAAUGUGGUGGAUGAACUAGAAGAAGACAAGAUUUAUAUAAUUGGUGGUAUUGUAGAUAAGAAUAGACACAAAGGAUUAUGUCAAAACAAGGCUACGAAUCAAGGAAUUGCUACUGCUCAGUUACCUAUUGGUCAAUAUCUUCAAUUAGCAAGUCGGAAGGUAUUAACUGUUAAUCAAGUAUAUGAAAUUAUGUUAAAGUGGGUGGAACACAAAGAUUGGGAAAAAGCCUUUUUAGACAUUAUACCUCAACGAAAACUUAAGGAUAGCAAGCUCCUUAAUAAUCAAGAAACGUCAGAGGUGAACAAGGAUGAAACUGAAGACACUGUGGAUCAAAAUCAGCAUAGUAAUCAAGAAGAUACAAAUCCAACACCGGAUCAAGAUAAUCUAGAAAAGGAUGAAACCAAGCUUACACCAGUAGAAAACCAACAAGAUAUGGAGAAGAAGGACUGCCCGGUGGACAACAUAGUGGUUUAGCAAAGAGAAUCAGAUACCUCAUCGGUAGAAUAGACUUUAUAUACUUUAGAUAUGAUCAUCAUCAUCAUCAUCAUC